AUGAAUGACGCAAGUCUUGUUUUGCUAGAAUCGUCCCAGUCCAUGAUUCAUUAUCCCAACACCCUCAGUGACAUAGUGACAACAGCAACAGCAACGGCAACAUUGGCCUCCGAAAAUUUCAAAGAGACAUUAGUCGAGACAACCAGCGACCCUAUAAAGCAGCGGCGUCUAGAUCGCCAGAAUGGCGAAGAACUGAAGAUCCAGGCCACUGUCAAAGUUGCGCCGGAUAUGCUGUGCGAUGCUUGCACAGGCGCUCAGCCCCGCUUCGCAUUGACAACCAUCGCCACCACAGAUACAACAAAGAAAAAACAGCUAAUGCACCAAGGCGAAAAAACAAAAGAAAAACAACAACAAACACUAGGUCAACAAAUGCACUCGCCCUCUCGACAGCACUUUAGCCAUUCCUAUACGCACCAUCACCGACUCCCUCACCACCACCAACAACACCUUCACCAACAAUGUCACAAUGCAGGCAACGGCCACUUCAACAAAAAACACAAAAAUAACAAGCGUUUCUCUUAUUCAAAAGUUGGGAUCGUCCCUUCUAACGAGCACUCGCAAGGACAUUUAGACCGUUACGAUGAAGCGCAGGAUAAGGGACAGCAGAAAAGUGCCGUAGCCGAUGAGGGAUUUACAGGCAAAAGAAUUCGAAGAGCGGAGAAUGGAUCGUGGGGUUUAUUAGUCGACCCUACAUUAAAGUGCUGCAGCAUCCGUACACCACAAUUGCUGACCAUAUCAACAACCCCAUGCCCUCAACAUGGAAAACAACAGUGUCCAUCCCGCACGGUAGCUGACCCGUCCCAUUUGUCCCCAUCCUCAUCCUCCUCAACGCCUAGUUCUGACCCCUUGCCUUUCACCGUAAACUCGAUUCCAUCGCCAAAGACGCCUUCGAUUCCCGACCCGUCGACUUCGCCAUCGUCAGCUCCGGAAAAACACAGAGCAGGACCAGCUGGAAAUUGCACCUACACUAAAAAUGAUUACGAACAGCAGCAGGAGCAUCAACGUUACCAGCAUGGUCAGCCUGAUCGCGACCAUUCCACUCAUAGCCAUGGCAUACAGUCCUCGGAGCGGCCCCGUGUGUGCAAGAUGCUGGUCAAGCAUCCGGCUGUAAAGUUGGACUGGAGAUUGCCAGAACCAGUAAAGGCCGGAGGCGAGAUGUUGCGAGGUGUACUAGUAAUCAGCGCAAGGGAGCUGACAGAAUCGGAACUGAAGACGAAAAAGACCCUGAGCAAGAACAAGAAGAGAAAAGAAGCGCAGAAACAAUCGUUAUACGAUAACCGCAUAGUCCAUGUCGAACAUAUUGAAGUGGACCUUAUUGGGGUUGAAGAAGUGACAACAGGAGCCGGGCUUCUUUCACGAGCGCGAGCCGAGCAGCAUUGCUUUUUGCACAAAACUCAGGUUCUGCCUUUGGAGGAGCUCAAAUGGGUACAUGGCACUUCCUCUUCUUCGUCUUCUUCGGCUUCUUCAUCUUCUACUCCUGCAUCGACUUCUGCAUCUGCUUCGCCCUCUUCCGAUGUCCCAAUAGCCCCGUCCUUUAUCCGAACAAACACUCAUACAUCUGCCACCUCUGCCCUCGAUUCUCCUACUUCUGAGGUGCCAGAGUCGUUUCAGUCAGGAUGUAUCGCCCCAGGAACCUGCCAGGGGAUAUCCUUCCAGAUGCGCGUCCCCGAAAAGGUCAGCGGCACAUUCAAGAGCGCCCACGCCUCUAUUAGCUAUCAACUGACAGCAAAUGUCCAUAUUCGUCUCGGAAAAGAAAUGUUUGUGCUCCAGCACCCUCUACCUGUCUCGCUCUUUGAGCUUGUCCAAAUCUGUGCCGCCACUAAAACCGCAUCCCCGUGCGGUAUCGGCCCUGAAGGACCUUUGCAGUUCAUCUCCAACGAGGCAGACGUCAGGCGUUCACCGACCUACUCUACCAUCUCCACAUCCUCGGGUACAUCCAAGACCUCUUCCAGCGUACGCUUCGUGAUUCUCAAGGCCAACUCUGUUCUGGGCACAGCCGUUGUAAAACCCUACAGUCUCUGGGGACUUGGGCCUGCAACAUCGAGCCAGCAUCAUCAUUAUACCUAUAGCAAUAGCCACGGAUAUGGAAGGUAUCGUCACCAGCGGAGCCAUAGCCAUGAGCAGAGCCGUCGCCAUCAUCAUCAGCAGCACCAGAGACAGAGAUCGUUCCAAUCAACGACGGCCGUAGGACCCGGAUCAUCUGUAGCGGCUGGGAAUAGCCUGUUUCCUUUUGAGGCGCAGACGAUGAUGAGGUCGCAAACCGCAAUGCACGCAAUGGGUUCUCUGCAGUUGCAACUGCAACUCUCGGAAGAGAAGGUGUCGGCGGCGAGCCAUAACACGUGUUUUCAGGAUGAUGGGAUGAUCUCGGCAGAAGAUCCGUAUCGUCAACAGCAGCUGAAGCAGCGAAAGAUGGAACUAGAGCAGUACACAAGUGGACGUACCCGUCAGAGUAAUAUGCGGAGAAAGAGUUCUGAUGGACUGGACGAGGUAGGGUUCGGAGCUCACAUUGACAAAUCUGUGGUAGCAGCGGGGGACCAAGUGACUCUAGACAUGUUUAUUGUCAAAUCUGAUCUGAUGAAGGUUGUGGAUAUCAAGGUCUCGCUUGUGGAGACCAUCCAGGUGUUUUCGCUGCUCGACCAUGAUGACGCAUGUGCGGUUGUGUCGCCGAUAGCUUCAAGAGCUAGGAUGUCUGAGGAGAUUGAGGGUGCGCAGGAAGUAAUGGAGAAGAAUGCUGCAGCGAAGGAGACAUCGCGGCGGAAACUGGUUGACACGCAUGUGGUGAAGAUCGCGAAGGAUUACGUCCCGGCGCAAUCGGAGGAGAGCCACGCAAACGAUAACCAUCUGAAGGGAUAUUACGAAGACUAUGAAGAUUUUAGGACAGCAAAGUCCUUGUCGGUAUACAAGCUGAGCAUGCGCAUCCCUGAAAAUGCAUUGACGAUUUUGGAACGCGAACUUAUGAAGGUCGAGUACAUGUUCGUAAUCAAAUUCUUCUUCAAGGGCCGCAUGGGUGCGUUUCUGGAGUUGCCGAUCGAGAUUGUCUCGCAGUACAAUCACAAUCGGAUUUCAACCAUCUCUGGCGCGAUCUCGUGUGUUUCCAAUUCUGUUCAAAUCGCGAUGCCACCUGUGCCUAUCCUUAUCAAGCGAAUAGAAAGUCAAUCUCCAGAUCUGAGUGCUAUGUCCACCUUGGAUAGAUUGAACCUGAACAAGGAGAUCGCGACCUCGGAUGCGGACAAUGGCGCGGAAGUGAAGGCGCCUGACAGCGACGACAGCAGCAUGGCAGAAAAGGAUGAAGAUAUGGGCUCAACUGAGAAGGAUUUUAGAGCGGCGGAUGUAACGGCGAUCGACGUCAAGGAGUCACACAAGGUGCUAAAUCUGCCUGAAAGCACAGCCGGGGAGCAAUCUCAAGACAAGGCCGCUUCUUCAAAGGACCCGGAGGAUACUCCAAAAUUCAUCGUCAACAUUCGCAGCUCAAGUCUCAAGGCCAUACAGGACAAGUUUUCUGGCAUCUCUUCUAAGGACCAAGUCGUUCGAGCGACCUUGAUGGACUCAAACAAGAAGGUAACUUCCGUUUCCAGGAUCGAUUUAGGACUCAAACAGAAUUCAAGCGCCACGAAAAGGGAAAUCGAGGGGACCGUCUCGAGCUCGCGCCUGUCCAAGAUGGAGUCCGAGGCGUUCAAAUCAAACGUGGCACGAAUCGCGGCUGUAUUCAUGGGCAAGGAAUCCUCAAUUACACCAAAAGUACCACUUCGGUACAGAAAAUCAGAAGGAAGCACAGUGAUCUUAAAAGGUGGUGAUGCUAUUCCAAAGAUUACCGUCAACAGCACCAAAACCUUUGUUAAAAACAACAAUUCCAAUCGACAUCCUCCACACGACAAGGAUUCGCUAUCACGGGCCGGCUCAGCUCCUUGCUCCCCAGCGUCGUUUCAUGGGUCAGAUCGUUCUUCGAGCAUUGGGGGUACAUCCUCGAUCAGCGUUCAGCCAGCAUUGCCCCUCUUGUUCGACCUCACAUCUGCAGCAUUGCCCUCUCCUUCAGCACAGGUAAUGGCAUUCCCAGAUGCCUUAAAAUCGCUCGGCGGUGGCGAUAGUGCCAGCAGCAAUAGCGUCACCAGCAGUGAGAUGAAGAUGACCACGCCCAUUGUGAUGUGCUCAUCUCCGGUUUCUGAGCUGUUUGGUUCAGGUGCUGCUCAGACCAAGGGCGUAUCGAGUUCACCUCGUCAGCAGCAACCUUCUUACGGACACCAGAAUAUGGCCUCGAAUUUCCGCUCUCUGAGCGCGAGCAGUACACCCCGCGACGAUGAUAGCAGCAGCUGUAGUAGUGACAGCCGAUCGAAUCACGGUCUCGUCGCCAAGAUUGCAAAGUCUUUAUCAUCCCCACUUCUGCGAGCUCGUGGAUCGAUCUCGCCGAAUGGAUCGAAUACGAACUUGUCUUUGCUCUCGCCACAACAGCAGUCUACGGCGUUCACUCUAGCAGCAACAACGCUCUCGGCGCUGACAUUGCUUUCGUCAGUGGGCCAUACGGCUGCAGUGAUGACGGGCGAGGGAGCCAACAACAUCAACGACAGUGGCAAUGGGAGUCAUGGUGGCGCUGUGCUGCGCAGGAGACGACUGUCCCAGACAUCUCAGUUGCCGCCUCCGCGGCCACUCAAGUCGUGUCUCAAAAAGCGAAGAGUCGUCUCUUUGGAUGGAGCAAAUGGAUUGAAGACGUUUGCGCCCUUGCGGAGGAAGAAGGUUACGUUUGCAAAGGGAUCAACACCAGCGCCUUCACCCAGAGCCUCCCAGGUCUCCUUCCCGGAUCUGGAGUACCAUAACCAUUAUCAACAUUUGAUGCAGGGCAAUGGAACUUCGACAUCUCCCGCAGUUCCGGUGAUGGGUCACCCUGGAACCUUCUCAGCGGCGGGUGUUAACAUGACGUUCGGCCGUUCCGCAGCUGCAGCAUCUCCCCUGACUACUUCGCCAUCGUUCUCACCCGUCAACCGCGGUAUGUCUGACCCCCAUUCAAACGUCGUGCUCGAGAGACCGCUCGUUUUGACACAGAGAACCAGAAGCUCUAUCACUGCAAUGACGACUCAACAACACCAGAGCCUUGGCAAUGGAGUGACGACGAUUGCGCGGAGCCCGAGCUCUGCCAGCCCGCGAGCACGUCUGCACCACCCCUUCGAUAGCCAUCCCAGCCGUUUAUCUCCGCUCGAGAAGCAGCAUUUGGAUUUCCAGAUCAAGGUGCAGAGCCCUGUGCGCAUCAUCCGUACGGAUCAGGAUCUGUCUAGUCGCGAUCACAGGAACGGCGAAGAUGCGGAUGUGCAGGAAGAGGAUGAAGAUGAGGAUGAGGAGGAGGAGGAUAUGGAGUAUGAUGAUGACGAGGAUGAGGAUGAUGAGGAUGAUGACCAGGAGACAGAGGAGGAGCGGGUCGAGCGACGACGGCAGGCCAGGGUUGCGUGGUUGUCCAAGUAUGGAGAUGCAUUUAAGCAGGUCUAUGGGGCUGUGCCAGAGCUGCCGCCCAUAUGA